UUUCAUCUUAAGAAUACUCCAACCGGGUGAAUGCUCAGUCACCGAGGCCUUCUUUCGCAAAAUUGAUGGCAAAUAUUUAGCGAAUCAUGUCAUCGAGACAAAACACGCUGAAACUGAGUUGGAAUGCAGUAGGUAUUGCGUCGCUCAUAAAUCGUGUGUGUCUGUUAAUUACAAAACCUCUGGAAUCGGCAAAGGUCGAUGUGAGCUCAACAGCAAGACGCUUCAAGACACAUCUGACGUUGAUGAAAGUGUGAGAAACCCCGAGUUCAAACAUCUUUAUUUGAUCAAAAAGAUACCUUCGAAAUCAUUUCCAACAUGUACCCCACAGUCGCCACAAAAUCCCUCCAAAGGAAUUUCGAAUCACGUCAACAAAUCUUGCUCCAUUUUACGAAAGAAAUACCCUUCAGUUGAUAGUGGAGUGUAUUCCAUAAAACCUGAUGUACUUAACUUCUCAGUUGAAGUAUAUUGCAACAUGACGUCAAAGAAUGGUGUUGGUGUGACAGAGAUUGGACAUGACAGCGAAUCAAGAACAUUGGUUAGUGGAUAUAAUCCUCGAGGUUCUUACGGCAGAGAUAUUAAAUAUGACAUUUCCAUGGAGCAGAUUGUCGCGAUUAUCAACCAGUCGAAGAAUUGUGAGCAGUUUAUAAAAUAUGAAUGUUUUGGUAGCAUGUUGAUGGCAGAUGGAUGGUGGGUAUCACGUCAAGGUUUAAAGAUGAAUUACUGGGGUGGAGCGGCAGUCAACAGUGGAAAGUGUUCAUGUGGAAUGACCAACAGCUGUGCAGGUGGUGAAAUAUGUAAUUGUGAAAAUAAUGACGCGGUGUGGCGUGAAGACAGUGGAUACCUGACAGAUAAGAACACUCUACCUGUUACUGAGUUGCGAUUUGGCGAUGCUGGUUAUGAUGACGUAAGAUAUUUUAACGAGCUUGGUUAUCACACACUGGGAAAAUUACGUUGCUGGGAAUAACAGAUGGAACAUCAAACCUGAUGUGAUUGCUAUAAUAUAAUCUUCUGACUGAAUUUAGUUAUCAGUAUGCACCAAACUAGUCAUG